UGGAACUCGACCGACGAGUCCCUCCGCCACUGCUUCUCGGCUUUCGGAAACGUUUCCGACUGCAUCGUUCUCCGCGAUCGUGAGACUGGCCGCUCCCGUGGCUUUGGCUUUGUCACCUUUGACUCCCCUGAGGCUGCUGAGGCUGCCGUCAACGGCAUGAACGACCAGGAUCUCGAUGGCCGCAACGUCCGUGUCAACAUCGCCAACGAGCGCCCUGCCGGCGAGGGCCGUGGUGGCUACGGCGGCCGCGGCCGCGGCCGUGGUGGAUACCGGGGAGGGUAA